AAGCGACCCCUUUCAUGAUAAGGAAGAAGAAGAUACUCUAUCCUCUUGCAAGCCACUAUCUUUUCCUGUAAAGUAUCGGACCAGUUCGCCGCCGCCGCGCCACGCCACGCCACGCCGGUCGGCUCCGACUGCGGCUUGGCUCUCAGCCGCUGCUGAGAACCCUAAUUCAGAAAUCCUAAUAAGUUUAAAGUUGUUGAUGCCGAAGUACCGAACUUAUUUGAUAGUCAUUCUUUCUCCUCUGACAGCUCCUUGUAAAAAAAUGCUAUCUUCAGUCCAAAACCCUCGCAUCCUCCUCCUCCACUGUCGGCGAUCUAAACCGCUUCACCACCAUUAUGCCAAAUCGAUCCACGCCACCCCUCUAGCCCGCCCCAUUUCCGCAUCGCUACCCACCUCUCAGAUCCAAACCAUCCAAAAAUCCAUCCUUUCCCGUGAGAAAACAACCCGUCAAUUCACCGAAGAAUUUCUCAACCGUCUACGCCUUACCGAACCCCAUGUCAAGAGCUUCCUUCACGUCUCAGAAACCGUUUUAAAUGAAGCCGAUGAAAUUGACCGGAAGAUUGAUCGAAACGAGGACGUGGGCCCCCUCGCUGGAGUAUUGGUUGCGGUCAAAGACAACAUUUGUACUGCAGACAUGCCUUCUACUGCCGGAUCCAAAUUAUUAGAAAAUUAUCGGCCGGCAUUCGAUGCGACCGCUGUUAAGAAGUUGAAGGAGAGUGGUGCCAUUAUUGUUGGGAAAACUAAUUUGGAUGAAUUCGGAAUGGGGAGUACCACUGAAGGAUCAGCUUAUCAGGUUACUGCAAAUCCAUGGAACCUUGAAUGUGUACCAGGGGGAUCAUCAGGCGGCUCGGCGGCGGCUGUUUCCGCUAGGCAGUGUGUAGUAUCAUUGGGAAGUGAUACUGGUGGAAGUGUCCGGCAGCCGGCGUCGUUUUGUGGUGUUGUAGGGCUAAAGCCGACGUAUGGCCGUGUGUCACGAUACGGGCUGGUGGCGUAUGCGUCAUCACUGGAUGUUAUUGGUUGCUUUGGCUCGUCGGUUGCUGAUGCCGGACUUCUUCUUCAGUCGAUUUGUGGUCAUGAUAAACUUGAUGCCACUAGUAGCAAACGGGAGGUUAACGACUUCACAUCUCAGUUCAUUUCGAAAGAUUAUUUUGAAUCGCAACCGUUAAAAGGAUUAAGGGUUGGUGUAAUUUCUGAAACGCUUGGUGACGGAGUUGAUCAAGAAGUUGUUUCAUCGAUCCGUGGUGCUAUUUCUCAUUUGGAAGACUUAGGAUGUAGUGUAACAGAGGUUUCUUUGCCAUCUUUCUCUCUAGGAUUGCCUGCAUACUAUGUUCUUGCUUCAUCUGAGUCAUCUUCAAAUUUAUCGCGCUAUGAUGGUGUUAGGUAUGGUAAUCAAAUCGUUUCUGAUGAACUGAGUUCCCUUUACGGAGGUUCUCGUGCUAAUGGCUUUGGUCCAGAGGUAAAAAGGAGGAUUUUGAUGGGGACAUAUGCCCUUUCAGCUGGUUAUUAUGAUGCUUAUUACAAGCGAGCUCAGCAGGUGAGAACUGUAGUACAGAAAAGCUUCAAGGCAGCAUUAGAUUCACAUGAUAUUCUAAUUUCACCAGCGGCUCCAUCUGCAGCAUAUAAAAUUGGUGAAAAGAAAAACGAUCCGCUGGCAAUGUAUGCCGGGGAUAUCAUGACGGUAAAUGUGAAUUUGGCUGGAUUGCCAGCAUUGGUUUUGCCAUGUGGCUUUGUUAAAGAUGGCACUGCUAGCCUUCCUGUCGGCUUUCAAAUGAUUGGCGCUGCAUUUGAUGAGGAGAAAUUGCUUAGAGUGGGUCAUAUAUUUGAGCAAACUCUUCAAGGUUACAGCUUUAUCCCACCAUUGAUAGCAGAUGAAUUUAUCAGCUAGCAACAACGGUUUUAACUUUUAAGCAGAGGGAUGCUAAAAAAUGCCGAGAAACUUGAUGGCUAUCUCACGUUUCCCUUUGACCGCACAUGUACAUUUUUUUACUGAAUAAAACUAUGUAUUCAUUUGUUUAAAGAAGUUAGGAAAUUUUUGUUAUGGUAUUACCUAUUUGGUCCAGUUCUGUGAAUAUGAGCAGCUAACCAAUAUUUUUUAGCUUCAAGAAAAGAAGACUUGAAAUA